GGGAUGCGUGUCCCAGCUCUGUUCUCGGUGGCUGUCGUCACGCAGGGCUCACACCGUCCGCCUCCUGCAUGGGCCUGAACAACCUGCCUGCGCACAAGCCGUGGCAUUUAAAAAUAUAUAACCAUUUAUGAGUUGAGCGUCAUUCUUGAGUUAUGGAUGACAAGGCUUCUGUUGGAAAAAUCAGUGUCUCCUCAGACUCAGUAUCUACUCUUAAUAGUGAAGAUUUUGUCUUGGUUUCCAGGCAAGGAGAUGAGACACCAUCUACAAAUAACGGAAGUGAUGAUGAGAAGACUGGACUAAAGAUUGUAGGGAAUGGAAGUGAGCAGCAGCUGCAGAAAGAGCUCGCAGAUGUGCUGAUGGACCCUCCCAUGGAUGACCAGCCAGGGGAAAGGUCACAGCCAGAUGGUGAAGGAGAUGGGCCUCUUUGUAAUCAACUCUCAGCUUCGUCUACCAUUAACCCUGUGCCACUAGCAGGACUUCAAAAACCAGAGAUGAGUUUGCCAGUGGAACCUGGACAAGGAGAUUCUGAAGUGUCAAGUCCUUUCACACCAGUGGCUGAUGAGGAUAGUGUGGUUUUUAGUAAAUUAACUUACUUAGGCUGUGCCUCAGUAAAUGCUCCCCGGAGUGAAGUGGAAGCCUUGAGGAUGAUGUCCAUCUUGAGAAGUCAGUGUCAGAUUUCUCUGGAUGUGACCCUCUCAGUGCCGAAUAUAUCUGAAGGAACUGUGAGACUUUUAGAUCCUCAGACCAACACUGAAAUAGCAAACUACCCUAUCUACAAGAUCCUCUUCUGUGUCAGAGGACACGAUGGUACCCCUGAAAGCGACUGUUUUGCAUUCACUGAAAGUCACUAUAACGCAGAGCUCUUCAGGAUACACGUAUUUCGCUGUGAAAUACAAGAAGCUGUAAGCCGGAUCCUUUACAGCUUUGCCACUGCCUUCCGCCGUACUGCCAAGCAGACCCCACUCUCAGCCACUGCCACACCGCAGACUCCAGACAGUGACAUUUUUACCUUCUCUGUGUCUUUAGAAAUAAAAGAAGAUGAUGGCAAAGGUUAUUUUAGUGCUGUUCCUAAAGACAAGGACAGGCAAUGCUUUAAACUUCGACAGGGAAUUGAUAAGAAGAUUGUCAUCUGUGUGCAGCAAACAGCUAACAAAGAACUUGCCAUUGAAAGGUGCUUUGGCCUUCUCCUUAGCCCAGGAAAAGAUGUCCGAAAUAGUGAUAUGCAUUUGUUGGACUUGGAGUCUAUGGGCAAAAGUUCAGAUGGAAAGUCAUAUGUUAUUACUGGAAGCUGGAAUCCAAAAUCCCCACAUUUUCAAGUUGUGAAUGAAGAAACUCCUAAAGAUAAAGUGUUGUUCAUGACAACAGCUGUGGAUUUGGUGAUAACAGAAGUACAGGAGCCCGUUCGUUUUCUCUUGGAGACGAAAGUUCGAGUUUGUUCGCCUAAUGAAAGGUUGUUCUGGCCCUUCAGCAAACGCAGCACUACUGAAAACUUCUUUCUGAAACUAAAGCAGAUAAAGCAAAAGGAGAGGAAGAAUAAUGCUGACACUUUAUAUGAAGUUGUGUGUUUGGAAAGUGAGUCAGAGAGAGAGAGGAGGAAAACUACAGCCAGUCCUUCAGCUCGCCUGCCACAGUCUGGAUCUCAGAGCUCCAUGAUCCCCUCUCCUCCAGAAGAUGAUGAAGACGAAGAUAAUGAUGAACCUCUCUUGAGUGGAUUUGGUGAUGUAUCCAAAGAAUGUGCAGAAAAAAUUCUUGAAACAUGGGGAGAACUACUGUCAAAAUGGCAUCUCAACUUGAGUGUGAGACCGAAGCAGUUGUCAUCUUUAGUGAGAAGUGGUGUCCCAGAAGCUCUUCGUGGAGAAGUCUGGCAGCUGCUAGCGGGCUGCCACAACAAUGAUCACUUAGUAGAAAAGUACCGAAUUCUCAUCACAAAGGAGUCUCCCCAGGACAGUGCUAUCACCAGAGAUAUUAACCGCACGUUUCCAGCUCAUGACUACUUCAAGGACACAGGAGGAGAUGGACAAGAUUCCUUAUAUAAAAUAUGCAAGAUGCCCGAAGAACAGGCAUUCAGUGUUCUGGUAAAGAUCAUGUUUGACUAUGGCCUCAGGGAACUUUUCAAGCAAAAUUUUGAAGAUCUACAUUGCAAGUUCUACCAGUUGGAGCGCCUCAUGCAGGAAUGCAUUCCUGACCUGUACAACCACUUCCUGGAUAUCAGCCUUGAAGCACACAUGUACGCCUCCCAGUGGUUUCUUACACUUUUCACUGCAAAAUUCCCUCUCUACAUGGUCUUCCAUAUCAUGGACCUGCUGCUCUGCGAGGGAAUAAGUGUCAUUUUUAAUGUCGCCCUUGGAUUACUGAAGACUUCCAAGGACGACUUGCUGCUGACAGACUUUGAGGGUGCCUUGAAGUUCUUCAGGGUUCAGCUCCCUAAAAGGUACCGCUCAGAAGAAAAUGCAAAGAGGCUUAUGGAGCUGGCCUGCAACACGAAGAUUAGCCAGAAGAAGCUGAAGAAGUAUGAAAAAGAGUACCACACCAUGAGGGAGCAGCAGGCCCAACAGGAAGACCCCAUUGAGCGGUUUGAGCGGGAGAAUAGGCGGCUGCAAGAAGCUAACAUGAGGUUGGAACAGGAAAAUGAUGACUUGGCUCAUGAGCUGGUCACUAGCAAGAUUGCACUGCGGAAGGACCUGGAUAAUGCAGAGGAAAAGGCAGAUGCACUGAAUAAGGAGUUGCUGAUGACCAAACAGAAGCUGAUUGAUGCAGAAGACGAGAAGAGGCGGUUAGAAGAGGAGUCUGCACAGUUAAAGGAAAUGUGCCGCCGGGAACUUGACAAGGCAGAAUCAGAGAUUAAAAAAAACAGCUCUAUCAUUGGUGACUAUAAGCAGAUUUGUUCUCAAUUGAGUGAAAGACUGGAGAAGCAGCAGACAGCCAAUAAAGUAGAAAUUGAGAAAAUUCGGCAAAAGGUAGAUGACUGUGACCGCUGCCGAGACUUCUUUAAUAAAGAAGGGAGAGUGAAGGGUACCAGCUCAGCCAAGGGGGUUUCAGAUGAGGACACGGAUGAAGAAAAAGAGACACUCAAGAACCAGCUGCGGGAAAUGGAGCUGGAACUGGCCCAGACCAAACUACAGUUGGUAGAAGCCGAGUGCAAGAUCCAGGACUUGGAACACCACUUGGGCCUUGCCCUCAGUGAGGUGCAGGCAGCCAAGAAGACCUGGUUUAACCGCACACUGAGCUCCAUAAAGACAGCAACUGGAGUUCAAGGGAAAGAGACAUGCUGAGACUAGCUGCUGCCGCCAGACACCUCCAGAAAACACACCACCUUUGGUUGCCUUCUUUGGCCAGAUGUGUGAUUCUGUGACAUGUUCCAGGACCAGAAUGUACCUAGCUCAGAGCUGUAUAGCAAGUUGGUAGAUCAGUGGGCCAGGGCUCUUGCAGCAGGCUGCCAGCCCCACUGAUGCUCUGGACAUGCACCCGCCUGAGGGCCAUCCAGGCCUCUGCCGUGUAUGAGCACCUCACCCAGUCAGAGUUGAGGCAUCCUACAAUGUGUUAGUUUUUUGUUUUCUAAACCCUUUAUUUAGCUGGGCGGUGGUGGCGCACGCCUUUAAUCCCAGCACUCGGGAGGCAGAGGCAGGUGGAUCUCUGCGAGUUCGAGGCCAGCCUGGUCUACAAGAGCUAGUUCCAGGACAGGAACCAAAAGCUACGGAGAAACCCUGUCUCGAAAAAUAAAAAAUAAAUAAAAAAAUAAACCCUUUAUUUAAAAAGACAAGAAAAAAAUACAUACAUACAUACUUUAUCCUUUAGGUUAGGGGCAGGGGUUCAGUGCUGGCAGAAGUCCCCAGAGAGACAAGAAGCACUUUGUUUGAGUAGAAGAGCUUUGUAGUAAUGGCUCAAGUCACUUAAUUUUGUUAAUCAGUAUAGUGCACAGGUUUUGAUUUGGCAUUAUUCACAUUUCUGAGCAAUUCUAUGCAACCCUCAUAGUGCUGUCUUUUUUUCUUUUUUUUUUUUUUAAAGCAUUAGCUGCCAGAACAACUUCAGAAGGCUGGCAUGGGCCACAUGACUGUGAGACUGAAUCAAUCAUGAUGUGGACAGCUCUUACUUUGUUUAAUGUGUCCUGUGUACAUAUGUGUGUGUAUGUAUUAGUAUAAAUAUAUAGAUAUAUAUAUAUAUAUAAAUACCUUUCCCAGUACCCUGCACUGACAGUGUUUAAAUCCCAGACUCAGCCGAUAAUUAGUUCCACUGCCGUCUGUGGUUAUGGAGCACUUCCUGUUCUUUCUGCCAUUGUGGGAGCUGGCAAGAGCUCCUUCACCUCUAAUGUUUGCACAAGUGAGGAAGACUGAGCUGUGUAUGCACACACUAUAUGGUCCUACUUCCUGGCCUGUGGAUCUCACUGGUCAGAUGGGCUGCAGAGUCUUACUUCAAAAGCUAUAGUGGUUUUAGCACUUUUUUUUAAUUAAAAAACAAAACCUUUUGACUUAAUUUAUGUGGCGAUCUGCUGACAAGCAGUCUGAGAGGGGUUCAUUCUUUCUGCCCUUUGGAGGUGGCAUGGGUUUGUAUAUAAGGACUCUUGAGUCGUUUUCUCUUUCCCUGUUGGCUUUACUAAUGCUUGAUGAGAGAUCUACAGUGGGGAGAUAACAAGUGGCCAACCCUUCCCCAUACCAUCCCCCACCACUUCCAGUGUCUGUCUUGUUCAGUUAGUUACCACACCAGCUGUAAGCCCAUCUAAAACUAGGUGUGUGGACAUUGUGCUAGGAUAGUUUGUGCGUCAACUUUAUGAACUGAAAUAUAAACCAGUAAAAUUGUAUUACUAUUUCUUUUGUUCGUUUUAACAGCAUAUUCAUUAAAUAUUUUGGUACAAACGGCAUUGCUUUGUACAAAGCA